AUGGGACGUCGGAGUAAACGUACACAAAAUAAAAAAGAAGCGAUACAAAUAUCACGCGAAAACAUUGUUCUUUAUUUGCAAGAACUUGAAAAGGAUAAAUUGAGAAAACAAUUAAGCCGUGCGUCUGAUGAUAUUGUUGCUACAAAUCAAAGAAAAUUGUUAAAUUUAAAAAGUACACUAAAACGAUUGAAAGACCCAGUUUUAAAGAAAGUUAAUCUGAUCGCCAGUCGUAAGAGCAUGUUGAAACGAUUGCAAGAUCCUGAUGUAAAAAAAGCUAACCAGAUCGCCAGUCGUAAGAACAGGUCGAAGCGACUGCAAGAUCCAGAUUUUAAAAUAGCCAACCAGAUCGCCAGUCGUAAGAGCAUGUUGAAACGACUGCAAGAUCCGGAUGUUAAAAAAGCCAAUCUGAUCGCCAGUCGUAAGAGCAUGUUGAAACGAAAGAUUUUCAAAAAAACAUAUCAAAUUCAAAAUGUUCGAAACAUGAGAAAGCGAAGAUUACCAUCAGAUAGUAGCCUAUGUCAAAAUGUAUCUACUAAAAAUAAAACACCAAAUUCAAUAUCUUAUAAAAAACGAGAACGGCAAAAAUUAAAUGAAACCAGGCAGAAGGAAGAUGUUUUGAUAUCUGAAUAUAUUUUGAAAAGGUCUCAAGGUUUAUCAGAAAAAUGUUAUUCGUGUCAUAGAUUACGUUUCCCAUCCAGUGUCAAUAAAUGCAACUCUGAUAUCUUCAGUCGAUUGGGGAUGUCAAUUCCAAGUGAUGCCAAGAAUACUGUGACGAUAUGUUCCAGUUGUCUUCCGCAUAUAAAAAAAUCCAAAGUUCCUCCGUUGUACAUAAGAAAUGGUUAUGAGUUAAACAGUGUUCCGUCUUCAGUUACGCAAUUAAAUCAAAUAGAAAAACAAAUGGUUUCCCUUAAAUUACCGUUUAUGAAAAUAUUCAAAUGUCUUCGCAGUGAUGGACAGCUAAAAAUUAAAGGUAACGUUAUCAAUGUUCCAAUAGAUCUGACUAAGACUACAUCUAUUUUGCCAAGGCGUGCUGAAAAUUUAGCUGCAGUUAAGAUGAUGAAGGUAAAAUUAAAAAGAAAAUCGUGCUUUAAACAGCAUUAUCUUUAUCAAAAUGUCAGACCAUCAUUAGUAGUAUCAGCAUUGAAUGAUUUGAUUAAAAAACCUCUAUAUAAAGAUGCUGUAAUAGACAAAGAUUGGCUGGCGCAUGUGUCAGAAACAACAAAAAGUUUAGAAAACAGCUCGGAUCACGAAAGUGAAGAAACAGAUGAUGAAGACACAAAUAUUGAACCAAUCAAUCCGGGAUCAAUGGACACGAUGAUUGAAAACUGUGAUUUUGUUUCUUUUGCACCAGGCGAAGGCAUGAAACCGUUAUCAAUUCUUAUUGAUGACCAUGCAGAGGAAAAAGCUUUUCCUGAUUUAUUUGGUGGGCAUCCACGUACAAAUAAAUCACCUUCAAAAAAUUACUCAAAAGUAGUAAGGUCUGAUCUGCUGAACGUAGAUCGAAGGUUUGCAUCGGACUCAUCUAACUUGUUUUUUAAAUGCAAAGUAUUAGUUCAAAAACUCAUUGCAAGCAAUGUGCAAAUUGUUUUACGAAAAAACAAAAAAGGUAACACAACUGCGAAUGACGUAGCAAAUCCAGUUGUUCUAAACAAAAUGAUAGAUAACGAUCAAGGAUACCGAAUGUUACACAACGUACAAAAUUCACCUUCAUAUCUUGCAGCGAUGAGAAAAAAUGUUUUUGCCAUGGUGCGUCAAGAAGGUCAACCGACAUUAUUCUUAACAUUUAGCCCUAGUGAAUCAACUUGGACUGAUUUGUUAAAGAUUUUGUAUAAACAGCGUUACUCCAAAACGUUGUCUGAUGAUACUGUCCUAACUUAUGCACAAAAAUCAGAUUUAAUUCGACAAGACCCAGUUGUUUGUGCUACUUAUUUUGAUCAUAGGUUUAGAGCACUUUUUAAAUUGAUUAAGUCCAAAAAUGUUAUUUUCAAAGAACACAGUGUGAAACAUUUCUUUUAUCGUGUCGAAUAUCAACAUAGGGGCAGUCCACAUGUACACAUGUUAUUGGGGUUAGACAAUACACCUAUUUUUGACCCAGCUAAACCAGAAACUUUUGGUGCAUGUGUAACACUUAUCAACAAAUACAUUACGUGUAUGGUAGACGAUGGCAGUCCGGCCCAUGAGUAUUUGCAUAAAAAUACUCAUAGUCAUACACACACUUGUUACAGAACUGACAAAGACAAACAAAUGAAAAAGUGUCGCUUCAACAUACCAUAUCCGCCAAUGAAUGAAACCUGUAUAUUGACUCCGCUAACAGAAGACAUAAGUAAUCCGAUCACAAGAAAAAUUCGUAUACUACAAUAUGAAAAACUUCUGCAAUACCUCAGGGACUUCAAGGACGGUGAUUCAUCUUCAGAUCCAUCAUUAGAAGACAUUUUACAACAAUUGUCAAUUAAAGGUGUUAAUGAAUAUAAAUCCAUUAUUCGAACUGUUAUCAGACGGCCAACAGUUUUUCUAAAACGUACCAUAAAACAACGAAUGGUUUCUGGAUUCAAUGAAAAAUUAUUUCCGUUAUGGCAAUCUAACAUGGAUAUACAGUUCAUAUUGGACGUUUAUUCUUGUGUUAGAUAUGUAAUCGAGUAUAUUGGAAAAAGCCAACGUGGAAUAUCAAAACUAAUGAGAGACAUUGUCGAAAAUCUUAAGUCUUCUACUGAUUUAUCGGUUAAAGAACAACUGAAAAAGAUAGCGUCAACUUUUUUAGGGAGUCAGGAAAUCUCUGCACAGGAAGCAGUGUACACUUGCUUAGGUAUGAAGCAAUGCAAUACUUCAACUGGGUAUAUAUUUAUAAACACUAGCCAUCCUGAUAAAAGAACUCGAAUGUUGAAACCAAUGGCAGUUAGAGGAGAAAUGGAUCCAAAAUCUAAUGACAUUUUUUUUUACGGUCUCAAUGAAUACUAUUCAUGUAGACCACACAGUCUUGAAGAUGUAACUUUAGCAGAAUUUGGCUCCAAUUAUGAAGUCCGCGGUAAAAAAAAAACCGGCUAA